CUCUAGCUUUUUGGCUUUUUCUAAAAGACCGAUAUGUCUGGGGACCUCAUCUCGUGUGAAUGUUUAUCAUUUAAGAGGUAGUAGCCUAGCUACUGCAUGUGGAAAACUUUUUCUUUGGAUGAAAAGCCGACAGCGUUCAGCUUUAAGAGAGAAAAGCGCGUGACGCCCCUUUGAAAUGUCUCAGUUAACUUGGAAAGGGGCUUUUCUCAUUACCUCGAGGGAUUGAGAUGGCCAUGCCGACGGACUGUAUAGCUAUAUAAAGGAGAACAGCACGAACAUGCCUAUGCUCAGCUGUGGACGGAAAGCGAGCGGACCUGUGACGUUUCACUGCAACCUUCAGUACAAAGGCGCUCUUCUUUUUAAGGACUGCCGUCUCCUCAAGUGGAUUGCUGUAUUUUAAAAUAUUGUUGUAUUUUCGAAAUUAAGCAUUAAGAAACUGUAUACUAAACAUUUUGCAAUUAUACAGGUGUUUCUGCACAUUCUGUGUCGGUUAGUAGGUUAUAUAAAACACCUGUCUUGGACUUCCAAGAAGCUCCCAAGUGAUGAUUUUAUGAACUUUUCUUGAUCGAUUUUUUCCAUGUCAGCCCUAAACGCUGUCAUGGAAUCGUUUGUGUCUUUAGUCACCGAGUCCACCGACAUCACCCCACCGGACGAUCCGUUCACGGGUCCCAUCAAGUCUAUUGCGCCCUGGAAUUACACUUUCCUCGCCUGUCUGAUGUUCAUAGUGUCUUCACUGUCGAUAACAGAGAACUUCACCGUUAUGUUCGUGACGUUUAGAUACAAACAGUUAAGGAAACCGUUGAAUUACAUCAUUGUAAAUUUAUCUGUUGCCGAUUUUCUAGUUUCACUGACAGGAGGCACUAUAAGUUUUUUAACUAACGCACGAGGCUACUUCUUCCUGGGUGUCUGGGCGUGUGUGCUGGAGGGAUUCGCUGUCACUUUUUUCGGGAUUGUGGCUUUGUGGUCUUUAGCAAUCUUGGCAUUCGAGCGUUUUUUUGUGAUCUGUCGUCCUCUGAAAAAUGUCCGUCUGGGAGGCAAGCAUGCAGCUAUGGGUCUUGUUUUUGUUUGGACCUUCUCUUUCAUCUGUACAAUCCCGCCGGUUCUGGGUUGGAACAGUUAUACAGUCAGCAAAAUUGGCACUACCUGUGAACCCAACUGGUACUCAACUGAUUACUAUGACCACACCUACAUCAUCACCUUUUUCAUUACAUGUUUUAUCCUUCCUCUUGGUGUGAUCAUUAUCUCCUAUGGUAAACUUAUGCAGAAGCUCAGAAAGGUAUCGAACACUCAUGGAAGACUGGGUAAUGCGCGUAAGCCUGACCGAGAGGUGGCGAGGAUGGUCAUUGUAAUGAUAGUUGCGUUCAUGGUUGGAUGGACGCCUUAUGCAGCAUUUUCAAUCAUUGUCACAGCCUGUCCCACAAUUUAUAUUGAUCCUCGCCUGGGCUCAAUACCGGCCUUCUUCUCAAAGACUGCAGCUGUAUACAAUCCCAUCAUCUAUGUCUUCAUGAAUAAGCAGUUCAGGAAGUGUCUGAUCCAGAUGUUUAGAGGAAAUGUCAGCAAUCUGGAUUCCACCAAUCUGAACCAGACAUCAGACAGAGGGCCCAUCACUGCCACAGGUGACAGUCACCUUGGAGAGAUGUCCACCAUUGCGGUUCGUGUGCCCAUGUCCACGUGCAGCUUGAAGAAGUGUAAGGAUGAAGAGGAAGAGCCGGAGCAGAGUGGGAAUGGAGGUUCAAACCAGCUCCCUUUAUCAGAUAGUCAAGGAUGUCCUUUGUAGAGAAGGACUAGUCCGACGGAAUAAAUGUAUACCCAUAUUCAUGUAUAGUAGUCUAACCUGUUGUCUAACUAAAGCAUAAACCCUGCAUAUGUUUGAAUGUAUGGUUUGUGUUUUCAUAUGUUCUUUGUUGUUGUUCGUAUUUUUUAUUUAUGUUGUGGCGAUUUGCAGUCUUGGCAUAUCUGUUCUUGUCAGUAUCGCAUUAUUACCUAACAUGAAGGAGGCAGGCAAUACAUUUCUGUAAAGUCCUCUGAGCAAAGGCUAAUAGUUUUUCAUAUCUGUGCAUUCUCUCCUCUCACUAUAUUGCUGAUUGCACACUAGUGUCAGUGCAGAUGUCGUGUUUUCUUUUAUGGCAAUCGUAAUGAAAGACAAUAAUAUUGCAAUAACUUUCAGUUUCAGAGUUGCUUAUGUAGAUUUUAUAUUAAAAUUUAGACUAUAUUCAGACUCUCAUUUAAUAAUCAUUAAUAGUCGACUUAAAAGAGUUUGGUUCAAAAAUCAGAAGAUAAAGUGAUCGGUUUAACAAUAUAAACUGAAGACAUGACAAGACAUGGCACUGGAACAUAGUAAUAAUAAUAAAAGCACUGCAUGCGCAGAAUGCAGGGGUCUCAGCACUUUUAUGAGACGAGCUCAGGCAAAAUCUGGAAUUAAAAGAAAUAGACGAACAGCAGAAUUAAAAUCUGCUGUUUUUGAUUGUCUCUGACAUUCUGCCGAUACAAAGGUUGCUGCUCUCCCUGGCAUUGGGGUGUCCAAUCCUGCUCCUGGAAGGGACUCAGAAUAUAACUGAUAUCAUAAUUCAUUUAGUGAACAGGUUUGACAGCGUAUCUGAUUUGCAAUACAGUAAUAAACCAUGCAAUUAAUGUUCCCAUCUCAUGAAAUUAGAUCCUUGUCUGUUGUUGCAUUUUGCAGUCUUGUUUUGAGAGGUUUAAGGAAGCAAAUAUUUUUAUUAUAAAUUGUAUUUAUUUAGAAGCCUAUAGUGUAUAAUUUGAAAUAUGAGUGCUUUUGAGUAUGAGUGAACAGUCUGAAUGUCUUAUUAGUCUAUAAUGUUUAGUGUUUCGUCACAGUUUCUGUCCAAAAUGAAUAUUGAUAAUGAUGUUUGUCUGUGGCAUGCCAAUGAAUGUUUUACUUAUGUAUUUAUUUGUGAAUGUCUUGAAUUAUAAAAAUCACGUUUCUUAUUUUUAAAACAUGUCAGCAUUGUCGAACAUAUACAUAAUAAAACAACCUGCAAUACGUUUUCAGAGUGAUCACGCU